CGGCAGAGUUUGUACAAUGGAAGACUUCACCAUACCUCACGAUUCUGCCAAAAACUGCAACCUAUCAGUAAUCGAGGAUGAAAAAGACAAGGUGAAAGACUUUGUUUACAAGCAUUUCAGAGAAGUGACGGAUGGACCUCUUUUCAAUCAUGCAGGAGAAUCUCCCGUAAAGGAGAACAGGACUUCCACUAAGAGAGACAAACAGACUCUCAAGGCCCACUGUAAAGUUCAACAAAGGGCUGUUUUCUCUGGAAAAAUUUUGAGUUUUGGAUGUUCGAUGUGUAAAGAUAAUUUCACUUUCAGUCCCAAUGACCUUCUGAAACAUUUCCGAGUAGCUCACCAAGGAUGCCUUCCUACCUACCCAUGUGAUCUGUGUGAUUUUGUCACUAAUGAGUUCCCUGCUCUUCAGCGCCAUCGAAUCGAGCACAGGAACACUUUAGUUCCAUGUGAACUGUGCAACAAUAACAUCCAGUACUCACUUCUGCUGCUCACCAGACACUACAUGAUGUGUCACAGUGUAAACGGACAGUUCAGGUGUGACUGGUGUGAGUUCACCACCGUCGAUGCAGGAACGUUUGUCCAGCACAUCCAUCAUCACAACGAGAGUCACUGGAAGUGUUCAAAAUGCAGACAUAUUAGUUUGAAUGAGGAGGAUCACCAGAAUCACAUGAAAGCCCACUCAGGAAUGUUCCCUUUCACUUGUCAGGUUUGUGGGUUUGGAGCAGCAAAGAGUGAGUUCCUUAAAAAACACUCGGCAACUGUUCAUAAAGAGGAGGCUGGAAGAAGGAACCCGUGGAAGGCUGCUGAAGACACUUCUGCACCGGCUAAUCCUUCAACCAACUUCAAAAUGUUUAAAAGAAGUUGUGAAUCACUGGAGGCUCAGAGGAUGUCCAGACUGAACAACCUCACUGGGACUGUACCAAACCAGAAUGGCAGACUCGUGAAACCAGACCUACUCCUGGAGGAAGCCAGCUACAUCCUGGAUGGGAGUGUUGGGAAGAAGGACAGCAGAGGUAGCAGCAAAAGUUCCCAGAACUCAGACCAGUCGACAUCGUACAUGCUGCAGGAAUGUGACAACUCCUUAAGCUCCAGUCCUGGAAGUCACACCAACACCAAUGGCCUCACAGUUCUCAUGGUAAAAAACAAAAUCUCUCUUCCCCCUCACUGCACAACCAAAGUCAUGGGAUUCAAGAUGGUGGAUGGUAAAAAACAUUUGGUUCUCAAAGUAAUUCCAGCAGUGAAGCAGGACUUGCCCACUCAGAACCAUUCCACAGCUGACAGUGCUUGUCCGUUGGUGUUAAAUCUGGCCCUGGAUAAAAGUAAAGCCUCUGGUGAGAACGGACAAUGCUCUGAUAGCAGGAGCUCAGCGUCACACUGCUUAGCUGAUUCCCCAACGACUGGCUCCUGCAUUCAGAUGGAUCAGGAUGAUAUUAUGGCAGUAAAGGUGAAGAUUGAGGAGGAGGAAACUUCUGUGUGCAACUUUUUUCCCUCUCCACACACAGGUGAUGAUGGGGAACAAAGCAGCAUCUUACUGAAUCCAUCUCUGACCUCUGCAGAUAUGUCAGAUCCAGUUAGAAACCAACUGGGUUGUGUGGGUGAUCAGACUCACUCCGAUGAAGUAGAGGGGGAUAACUUUGAUUCUAAAACCUGUAAAACUGAUGCAGCCAGCUGUAGUACUUUUGAAAUGAGUAGUACUACAACAGUAUGUGAUCAGGCCACUAGUUUAUCCUCCACUUCAGGUGUUCAAGAAACAAAUGAGUCCAAAUCAGUCUUCACUAAAAGUGUCUGUGGGUCUUUCGAAGGGUCACCAACCGAUGGGGAGAAAAGGAAAGGGAACGGUGUGUUUAGCUCCAUGGAUAUCAUCCCAUCUCUUCUGGUUACUCCAGAGGAAACUGAUGGUAUUAGCAUUGAUAUUAAAGCUAGAAAUGUCCAGCAGAAUGUAAAUGAUGUGAAACCUACACAGCCAUGCCCGUCCUCAGCCGCCUGCAGCAGAGACGGUGCCAUUAGCACAGGAAAUAUCCCAAACCAGGAAGUAUUCGCCUUUCACAACUAUUCCAAGGAAACAUUUAGCACUUUAGCGAAUACAAUCCAGACCUCUGACUCUAACUCCGAACACUCUGAAGAUGAGAAAACCCCCUGUGAAUCCUCCGAGUUUAGCCUGACCUUAGCAGAGUCUCCAGAACAUUUCACAGAGAGUCCAGACGUUGUGGUUGAGUACAAAGCCGGUGUGGACAACGCUCCCACUGAGCAAAAUGUAGAUUCAGAGCUCCAAGAUUUCAAUAUCAUCAAAAUAGAGGAGGACAGCAUUCCCAUUUCCAUGAAACAAUCCAAAACAAAAAGUAGUUCAGCACAAAGUGAGAAUGUUGUGGAGGAACAUUCAGAUGAAACUAUUCAACAAAAACUAAACAAGGAAGGAACAGAGGCUUCGGUGGAAAGCAGCAGAUCUUUAAAGCAGACUAAGACGGCUCUGAGAAUCCUACAGUUACCUGAGGGUAAGCAGCCGGUUCUGCUGAGGGCGGCUGAGAACCGUUUUGCUCUGCCGCUGCAAGUUAAAGCCACUCCUGGUUUCAAACUCUUAACCAACUCUACAAACCCUCAAAUCAAAGUAUCGAACAUGAAACCAGGAUUGGAUCAAUCAGCAUCUGGCCUGACUCGGACUCCUAACACUAAGUUGAUGGGGGUACCAAAAGCAAAGCCACAGCUAGUGGAGAAGGGGAAAACUCUUUUCUCUGCUUUUAAACCAGGCAUUCACACCUCCUCCAACCAUUACCUAAUCAAUAGUUCAGGCCUUAAGGGUCCUGUGCUCCUUUCACCACAUGCUACACCUACAGAAAAAACCGCAAAAACGCCACAAAUGUGCUACCUGGUGCAAAGAUCCGUCCCUCUUACUCAGACCCAGACUACGCCUGCCAUCAAACUGGCGAGUACUCCAUUCCCACUGAACUCUAGACCAGUUCUGGCCAUGCCUGUGAGUUCUGCAGAGAAAGCCAGCACCCUGCAGACUGGUCGCCAGGCGUUUCUGCUCCGAUACAUCUCGCCACACAAAUCAGGCCUGUUACUAAACAACCAAGAGACAAAAAGUGGACCUGUCAGUAACCAAACCAGCGAAAGCUCUGUAAAUAAAGUCAUAUUAAAGAUCGUCACCCCCACUGGCAGCAUUCUGACUAGUGCAGCUCCCACGUCCAACAACCAGCCCCUGUUUUUGGCCACCAGACCUCAGACCAAGUGCUUCCUGGUGUCGUCAAACAAAAACAAUGCUGCUGCUUCUAGUGGAAUAAAGAAAUUGCUCAGCAUCCAGAACACUGUACAGAGAGAUGUGAAAACCCCUAACGCUCCUCCGUCUCAUGUGAGUGUAAAGCUGCAGCCCUGUGAAGCAGAGAAACUUAGCUUAGCUCCAAGGCCGGUGAGGCCUCCAAGCCAAAGGAAAAGGCGCAGGAAAGCAUUGUUUGACGAGCUUCCAGUCACAGUACAAAAAGUUAGAAGACUCUCAAAUAAAGUCCAGACUGAGAGAGAGACUUCUGCGAUGUGGAGGCCGGUCACCAAAGAGGUGGAGAGAACACUGAGACUUUCCCCGUUCAGCCCGGAGCAGCGGGUCAAAUGUCCUCGUAGAUACCAGCCAGUAGUCGUCCUCAAUCACCCCGAUGCUGACAUUCCUGAGGUGGCCAACAUCAUGAAGGUGGUCAACAGGUACGAAGGGGCGGUCACAAAGGUCGCUCUGUGCCAAAAAACUGUCCAAGCCUUGUCGGACCUUGGUACUGUAGGGAAUAAUUCACCAACCAAAAACGCGUGGUGUGCUAGCAACAGUCCAAGACCAGUUCAGAGCUCUGUUCAGGAACGCUUCCUUCUCAAACUCAAGCUGAGGAAAAAAAGCAAGAAGAAAUAUGAGGUGGUGAAGAUGUUGUCGGGUGGCAGUCCGGGAUCAGCCGUGUUUGACUGCUGGUUCUGUGGUCGGCUUUUCAACAACCAGGAGGACUGGGUCGGUCACGGCCAGAGGCAUCUGAUGGAGGCCACCAGAGACUGGAACAAACUGUUCUGAGAGUUUUCCCUUUAAACGGGCUGGUCCUUACUCCCGCCAAGGUGGAACGCUCCUCGAUGUUUGGUUUCUGUUCCUGUACAUAUGAAGUAAAACCUACUUUUAUCUUGAAAUAGGUGCAUAUUGUGGAAAAUUUUGUACUGCAAACAUGAUGUGUGUCAUGCAUGCUCAUGUCAGAUUUUACUGUGAACAUGGUACACUGUAAAAGCCCGUUCAUGCUGGACGCAGGAGACGGAGACGAAAAUGUCCUUCUGUCUAUCCGUCUUCUGCGUCCAGCAUAAAUGGGCCUUAAGUUGGGGUUGGGGAUCGGAGCAAAGCUUAGAUUAUGUUACUCAGGUAAUUUCAUAAUAAUCUUGUCUUUUUUAAUCAAAAAUUGAAAAGGAAAAAAAAUCAAAGGUCUAGUUUAGGAGCUGGUGUAUAUUUUAUUAUCCUACACAUGUAUAGUUAGCUAUAAAAGUUUCAACAAACUCAUUUCUUUGUGAAAAAUAAUGUUCUGGUCUAAUUUCCUUUCUUUUUUUAUAAUGGAAUCAAAGCAGGUGUGUUUUUCUGUUGCUGGUUCAUUUUUCUUUUUAUGUCUGGGUUUUAUCGCCCUGCGACUUCCCUCGGUUCAGUCUGUUCCAGCAGGAAGCCACAUGAAAGCUUCUCUGGUAGACUAAAGAUGGAUCCACUCACCCUAUGCACUUUCAGUUUGACAUGAUUCCUGUUUUGGAGCUUGGUUUGUUUGUGGCUCAUGUUAGUAAUUGAUGAGCUGUAAUGACCUCUGGCAUGUCAGCAGACGGCUGUGUGUGAUGCUCCAUGGCGUAGCAUCCACACCCACCGGUUCAGCAUUAUUUCCUUUUAUAGGCCUUUGACAAAGACUGAGAGCUGACAUUGAAAUUACUUUUUCAGCGUGGAGAGCCCUUCCAGCAUCUGGAGGGUUGAAAUGAGGUUUUGUGUCCACUUGGUUGUGUUAGUUUUGGCCUGAGACACCCAUGUGUUGGCAUGACCUCUGGUUUCUAGACAUCACAUGAUUCUUCUCUCAAGUUAAAUAUGUUUGUAGUUUUCUCAAUAAAACAAGCUGUUGGUGCAGA